CUUGGCGUCCUCUCCCUUACUUCUGUGCAUUGUUACAUAUAUAGCAUAAACAAUGAACCUACAAACUAGCUUUUUAUUCACAUUAACCGCAGCCAGCUUGUGUGCUGGGUCUAUGGCACUGUCUCCAGCAUCAGAGCCAGUUCGUAUUAAAGCCAGAGUGGCCGCGAGUGGCAUACCUAACUUCCCGAACCUCGAACCCAGCCAAGGCGACUCGGAUGUCAUUUAUUUCCCACAGAAUCCCUCGACAGCGAAUGCAUACAAUAUGGCAAACAUGCUGUGCCUCGUCAACCGUCUGCGCACGGGCCAUGGGCUACAUCCUGUUGUCUACCAUGAAAGUCUACUCACACUGGCUGUACGGCAUGCCAGCUUUCAAGCAAGAUAUCGAGUCAUCACACAUGCUGAUAGUGGCGGUCAAAUUGGUGAGCGGGUGACAGCUCUAGGUUUUGACUGGGCUUUGUUGUUGGAGAAUGUCGGCGGCGGUGCCGACAAUGAAUAUGCGAUCAUGGACGCGUGGAGUAAAUCGCCUGGCCAUCUUGCCAACAUUCUCAAUCCAAGUAUACGAUUCAUUGGCGUCCAUGUCACCAAUGGAUUUUGGGUGCAGGACUUUGCUGCCCCAAUGGAUCCGACAUAUGUACCGCCACUAAGCAGAAUUGACGCAUGCCCGAGUCCCAAUAAUCUCUAUAUUUAUUCAUAG